CAUCCUCCUCAUCAUCAUCUUUGUUUCUUCACAUUUCACAAUGACACAACCACCACCUUUUUUCUUUUCUUUUUCUUUUUUUUUUGCAUCUCCAUCCCCCAUAACUGUAAUUACACACACUCCACUCUGGCAUUAUCACUUAUCUGGAGAUCCAUUCUCUGUUGGGAAGAUAAUGCACUGGAAGUCCUUUGAUAAGAACCAUCAAUCAUUUCAAUUGACAGUCCCAACACUGUGCCCUGCUCGGCUUCAGUUACAUCACGAUCUGACUCCUCAUUAUGACACCACACGCCUGUUUUUAUUUGGUGAAACAAAAAAAGACGUGGUCUUGUAAAUAUCACUGUCUCAGACACAGACUGGUACUUGCAGCAGCAGACAGGGAUAUACCGCCACACUGACAGGUCAAAUGAUGGAUGGUGGCCCCAGUGGCGUGGCUGCAGGCUUCUGACUUCCUCUGUUUGCCGCUGCUGCUGUUGUGAUGCUGGUGUCAGACACGGCACCUGUCACUGGAACAGAGCUGAGUUACUUGGGCUCAGGCCUUCUACAGGCCGGGUCAGAGGGGCUGGUAUUUAGUGGAACUUAGUUGCUGAAACAUCUAGACAGUACAGCACAAAGAUUGGCUUCUUUUCUGUGAGAAAAUGAAAGACUGUAGCCAAAAAAUGGACCUGAGGGGUGAGGAGCACAGGCUGGCGAGACAAAAAAAAAGAAUCGAAGCAAUUUCAUCUUUGUUAGAUUUCAGUUUUUGCAGUGUGGCAUUUAAAUGGUGCUGUAUUUCUGGAUACAUACAUCUCCCUGCCUCACAUGAAAUCAAGUGCCUUGUAGUUACAAAAUCAUCAUAUGUACAGUACGUGAACCCUGCUGUUGUGAACCUGAAGUGUUGAACUCUUCUUGGGCUGACCAAGAAUUCAUUGCUGAGGUUUUUUUCUGCUUCUGUAGCAAAACAAAACCCACCAAAAACUGAGGCAAAUAUUAUCAGCAUGGUGCCAUGCAGUACUGAUGAGGGAAGCACAGGGGGAAGGGGCUCUGCAAGGAACAGCUUACAACUUCAGUUUUGGCACAACCUGCCAAGCUUCACAAACACAUUUGAGUUCAGGCCACUGGAGUAAUAAUGACUCAGUUCAUCAGCGCAUGCUGAUUAUAUAUUUAGCUCGCUGACAGUCAUGCUCCGAUUUGAUAUCAGAAAUAAACGAUAGCUGUUGACUACAGCUGAUGAUUAAGACCAUCGUUAUGUUAUUUGUCGUGACCUGCAAAACAUCACCACACGGACAAUUAUUUCAUCCGUUAUUGACCAUUAUAUCUUUCCUAUUCAAUGUAGUUAAUAAUAUUCAGCAUAUUUUAGCAUCAUUUCCUAACAAUAUGUCAAUAAAUUAAUAUGCUUUGUGGUUCAAGCGUCCAUGAAAUGCUUGCUGGUGUCAUCGUGUGUUUACAUACAUUUAUGUAAACCAACAGAUCCACAUUUCCCAUUUUUGUUUAUUUUAUUUAACCUUGGCAUUCAAUGAAAUUAAGUUUUCAGUCUUUUUUUAACAAAAGCCCCUUUACCCACUUUAGUCCGGGCAUAUGAAUGAAACAUCUUCACUGCUCCAAAGCCAGUCAUCCUUGACAGUUUGGUUUAAGGUUUUUUUUUUGUCAUUGUCAUUCCAUUUCACAGGUCCCCCUGUAAACGUUACAUGCAAUAUAUUUAUCAACAGUUUCGGCUCUGUCACAGAGACAACUAUGGUGAGUUCCUUUGGCAUUCUGUGUGAUUUCUGUCCUGUACUAUGUGUCAAUGUGUUAUUUAUCCCUCAACCUGCAGGUCCACCAGUUAAUGUUACCUGCAACAUAUUUAUCAACAGCUUUGGUUCUAUAGCAGAAACCACGAUGGAUUACAGAGUGAACAUCUUCCUGCGACAGAAGUGGAAUGACCCUCGGCUGGCGUACAGUAAAUACCCAGAUUUCUCCCUUGACCUGGAUCCGUCCAUGUUGGACUCCAUAUGGAAGCCUGACCUUUUCUUUGCCAACGAGAAAGGAGCCAACUUCCAUGAUGUCACCACUGACAACAAGCUGCUGCGGAUCUUCAAGAAUGGGACUGUCCUCUACAGUAUCAGGUUGACUCUGAUUCUGUCCUGCCCAAUGGAUCUGAAGAACUUCCCGAUGGAUGUCCAAACUUGCACGAUGCAACUGGAAAGUUUCGGAUACACCAUGAAUGACUUGAUCUUUGAGUGGCUGGAGGACGGUGCAGUGCAGGUGUCAGAGGGACUCACGCUGCCUCAGUUUAUUAUGAGGGAGGAGAAAGAGCUGGGCUACUGCACCAAACACUACAACACAGGUAAAUUCACCUGUAUUGAGGUUAAUUUCCACCUGGAGCGUCAGAUGGGCUACUACCUGAUCCAAAUGUACAUACCCUCCCUCCUGAUUGUCAUCCUCUCAUGGGUGUCAUUUUGGAUCAACAUGGAUGCUGCUCCUGCCAGAGUGGCACUUGGCAUCACCACUGUGCUUACCAUGACCACCCAAAGCUCCGGCUCCAGAGCUUCUCUUCCAAAGGUUUCUUACGUGAAAGCCAUUGAUAUCUGGAUGGCUGUGUGUCUGCUCUUUGUAUUUGCGGCAUUGCUUGAAUAUGCCGGGGUUAAUUUUGUCUCCAGGCAACAGAAAGAGUUCCUUCGCCUGAGGCGAAGGCAAAGGAGGAGUCAUAAGGAUGAAGAUAUGCGCGAAGGCCGCUUUAAGUUUGCCGGCUACAAUAUAAGUCAGUGUCUGCCAACAAAGGACGGCUCGGCUGUUAAGAACGCUGCUCCGGCGCCGAACCCUCAACCAUCUGUCCCAAAAGACACAGACACCAUGAAGAAGAAGUUUGUGGACAGAGCCAAGAGGAUAGACACGAUCUCUCGAGCUGCAUUCCCUCUGGCCUUCCUCAUCUUCAACGUCUUCUACUGGGUUACCUACAAGAUCAUCAGGCACGAGGACAUCCCCCAAAAGUAGAGACUUAAACGCCUGGUAAAUGACAAUGACUUGGGACUUCUCAGACUGAGAAAUGUUCUGAAAGCACAGUGAGGGAAAAAAAAAAAGACUGUGCGUUGAGAGGCACCGCGGUGACGACGGUGAUGUGUUCUUUCAGGGAUAAUGUACAAUGUUCUCGCACCACGCGGUAAUGCUCAUGUUCUGAUCACAUGAGGAGCUUUUGAGACACUGAUGCUGUUUUGUUGUCGUAAGAUGCUGCAUAAUGUUUCCUAAGGAAUCCGAGGAAAUGGUUUUCACUCAAGGCUUAAACGUAACAUGCUGGGAAAGACGGACCAAAAUCUUUUUUGAAUCAGUUCUGCUUUGGCGUCGGAACGAACAAGUAAACAUUCCAUGGUUGAAAUCGAUUUGUAAUUGUAUAGCUUACUCGGACCCGUUGAUGACUUUUUGCGAUUUGCAAAAAAAAAAGAAAAAAGGGGUCCUUCUUAUCUUGUUUUAUAGUGUACUAUUGUCAGAGCGCCUCUUCUCGUGUUUAUACGAAAUACAGCAGCAUCUUUCAAACAUUAUAGGCAGCAGUGUACAUCUCAGGCAUGAGUGCGGACAAAGCAGAUGAUAAGUUGGGAUCGGAUACUGCAUUUUUAUGAAAUACCCGAGGCCUUAGAUAUCAAAUGUUAAGACGAACAAACACGGUAAGACGAACUUCUAUGUCUCUCUAUUUUUCCAAGCAUCUUCUCUCUGGUAGCUUUUCUACCUGUGGCCAAACAUUCCGAGUUGUUUCCUGUUUGUUUUUUUUCUCUCUCUCUCUAAAUGUAUUAUGAAUCAUAACUACAUAAAAAUGAUGUCACCUAAAACCAAUGUAAGGUCAUUCCAGAUGUUUUUAAAGUCACUCAUUUUCCAUUUCGUUCUAACGUGAUUUAUAAAAUACACUGUCAUGUAUUUCAAAGGUUAAAGGUGUAAUGGCAAAUGUCUUUGAACAAGUUAUGUAAGCCUCCAAACUGUGAACACACACUGCAUUACUCAGUGUUGUCAAAUGUCCACAUCCAUAUGAAUCCAUUUAUAUUCCAGGUAAAUACUCCAGGUAUCUUAGGUUUUAGAUUUUGAGACUACGUCUUUGUAUAGAUUUAGUCUGAUGAAAUAUUUACUGUAAUGAAGGAAAUAUUAUGUUUACAUAUAGAUAUAUAUAUAUACAUAGAUAUACAUAUAUAAAAUCUCUCUGUAUAAUUCUUUAUCCUCUGCUGUAGACAGUUUCCCUGCACUUGGUGUGUUUGUUGCUGGAAUGUGACGUAUGUUUGUAAAGGAUUGAACAGGAAAGGAGAGAUCUGCAUAACAUUCACAGUUUGGAGUAGAAACUGAUUCUUGAACUCCUGAUAUGCUGUGGUGAAGAACUCCUGUCUUAAAUGCUGUUCUUGGAGGAAAUAAACACGUUUAUUCACUGCCCUGUA